AAGAUUUGAGGGACCUUUUCGGCCAAUUAGCCAUCACCUGCAGAAGCCAGAGUGAUGGAUCGCUGCGAGAUUUCAAUAUACGACCAUCUGUCCUGAGACAGACGAGCGACGCAACGCCACAACGAAUCGGUCUAUUAACACGUAAUAACUCCAUCGACUGUCAUGAGUACAAAACCAGCAGCAAUUUAGAUAAGAAACAAGUUUUCGAUGCUAUAGCUUCAGCCAGCAUUGUAAACAAUUGCUCGGGCGUGGACACAUCCAAGUCUCAGGUCAUAACACUCGCCACAUUUACCAAAUUUCUUGAGUCCCGACAGCAAGAGAAGCUUGCAGAAGAUGAAAUUAAGAAUCUUAUUAAGAGGCACGAGCCAGACCCGGUGCUGCGUACACAAUGGUGUUUGUCUUUUGAGGGUUUCGCCCGCUACAUGAUGGACAAGGAUAAUUAUGCCUUUCCCAAUGAAUACGCCUUACCUGAUGAGUGCGAAAUGAAACAGCCCAUGUCGCAGUACUACAUAGCGAGCUCUCACAACACGUACCUAACCGGUCACCAGCUGAAAGGCGAAUCCUCUGUGCAGCUCUAUUCACAGGUAUUACUGACCGGCUGUCGAUGUGUAGAAUUGGAUUGCUGGGACGGCGAUGAUGGAUCUCCUUUAAUUUAUCAUGGACAUACCUUCACGACCAAAAUUCCUUUUCGAUCUGUCGUCGAAGCGAUUGACAGAAGCGCAUUUAUAAGUUCGCCAUAUCCAGUAAUACUUUCCAUAGAAAAUCACUGCUCACAGAGUCAACAAGCACGAAUGGCUCAGAUCUUCCAGGCGGUCUUCGGAGAGAAGCUAGUAACCAAUUUUUUGUUCGAAUCGGAUUUUGACGAUCCACAGCUACCUUCGCCGUCCCAGUUGCGCUAUCGUAUUCUCGUUAAAAAUAAAAAAUUGGUAGUCGAUCCUACAGGACCUCUGGUACCUCUGCCAAUGCCAUCACACCGCGGCAAAAUGCUUAUAUCUGAACGGGCCUCGUCAAUGAAGCAAAUGCGAACUGAUAUUAGCAACACUUCCGUCGUUGAAUAUUACAGCGAAGAUGAAGAUGAUGACGAGGAUGAUGACGAAGACUAUAAUGUCGAUGACAACUCGAUCUCCAGUUAUGAGCGUUACCUGGGCAAUAGUCAGGCGUCUCAUACUCGCUUGAAAAACGACCCCACAGUGGACGACAAAGCGCAAAAGCAAAGUAGCCAGAUAGCCAAAGAACUUUCGGACCUCGUUAUUUACCUUCAAGCAAUCAAGUUCCGUGGUUUAAACACAACACCCGGCCCAACAACCAUGAGCAAAUCCCGACAUCAACCACACACGGCCCAAGUCCAACGUCACAGUAUCGCCGGCAUUGGUACAAGUGGUAUGGCCGGUUCAUCAUCCGGUUCACCCCAGAGCUUAUCAACCUCGACAUCCAUUGCCAGUAGUGGGAGUACUAUUGAAAAUCCUUUCAGAUCACAAAGAGGUAUGCCGGCUUGCUUUCAAACGUCAUCGUUAAAUGAAAAUGCGGCUAAGAAAAUAUGUAGAAAGCAGCCCUUAGGAGUUUUAACGCACGCAGAGACACAAUUAAUCAGAACAUAUCCAGCCGGAAUGAGAAUAGACUCGUCGAACUUUAAUCCAGUAAUAUUUUGGGCCUUUGGAAUUCAAAUGGUCGCACUUAAUUAUCAGACGGAUGACGCGGCUUUACAUCUCAAUGCGGCCAUGUUCGAACAAAAUGGACAGUGUGGAUUCGUGCGUAAGCCCUCGGUUAUGUGGGACAAGAAGCAUAUGAUGUAUAGGCGCUUCAAUCCAUGGGAUAAAGAAUUUGACGGUCUUCAUUCAGCCCAUCUUACGCUUUCUAUCGUCUCUGGCCAAUAUGUAUCACCUUCUAACUUAUUAACCAGUACUUAUGUCGAAGUAGAAUUAGUCGGUAUACCAAUAGACUGUGCAAAGCACAAAACUAAAAUUAUUCAAGGUAAUGCCUUGAAUCCUAUUUGGAACGAAAAAUUCUGUUUUCAAGUAAUGUUCAAAGAUCUUGCUUUUCUACGCUUUGGGAUCAUUGAUGCUAGCUCCCAUCAUCCAAUAGCCCAACGUGUCUUACCCUUGAAAUGUUUACGACCCGGUUAUCGACAUGUUCGCUUGCGUUCUAUGAAAAACAAGGCACUUGCCCUUUCGACACUCUUUAUUUACUCCCGAAUGGAGGAGGAAAGUCUCGAUUAUAACACUUGUUGUCGCGAUCACAAGGAGUCCUCUAAGCGACUAUCAUCCAAUAAGGAACCGGAGAAGCUUACCACGGUAGAUGCGGGACUCGGUAGUAUUACAUUAAAGAGGCGAAUGUUUUUCCUCAUGGUUGAUCAUGUUGUAGACGACGAACCUUACACUAUUCUGAAGGUCACGCAAGAGAGCACUACGCAGGAAGUUAUGCUCCAGGCUCUUCAAAAGGCUAAUAUAUCACCGGAUCAUGUGGACGAGUAUAUCCUCGUCGAAGAAGUAUCGAAAGGUUGGGAGAAACGUGAUCGCGAAGAGCUUCCAACUCGAAGAGUUCUCGAUCCUACGGAACGACCAUUAGAGGCUCAAGACGAAUGGAAAGGCCAGGGUCGUUUUCUUUUUAAACGCGUUGGAGACGAUCCAAGCAGCCGUGCUUGGCUGGCAUCCAUCAGAAGUACCGCCGGUCAUUCAAAACUCAGUGGAAAUGGAAGCAAUCGAGAUCAAGCAGCUCAUAUCUGGGAGGAGGCGGAUACCUUCCUCGUAUGCAUCUAUAACGUAUCCCCAGAAAUUCCCUACGCUAUUCUUCGCGUGCCAGUUACAAGCACAGCUCAGGAUGUAUUAGCUCAAGCAUUAGUCAAAGCUCGUCGUAUGGAAGAUCCAACCAAGUUUACCCUAGUCGAGGAACUCGAAUGGGGUGGAACAAGAGCAGUGGGUAGUGGCAAAUACCAAUUCCGAAUACUUGGCGAUAAUGAAAACGUCUACAAUACUCAAGCAUUUUGGAAGACGUUGGGUAGAUUUAUCCUGAGAGAGCGGGAGCAGGCCAUACCCAGAAGACACCUUUUGCCUGCAACACUUGAUAAGCUGAGUAAAGGAUUCUCUGUAGGUAGAUCAGUUUCAUUACCUGGAUCAAGUAAGGAAAAAGUCCCAGUCGCAGAAGCACUAUCGGAUCCAACUUCUCGUAGUGUCAGAAAUCGGCUUUUAUUAACGGGUAGAAGAAGAGAGGUUCACUCAGACGGAGAAGAUGCCAGAGAGUCGGAUCUUAUGAAUGCCGCUAUGCAGCUAAAGAAGAUGUCAUUAAGAAAAUUUUGCGCUUGGAAAUCAUAGUGGCAGUCGAGGGCGACGUCGCUUUCCUCCAUGUUCUUAUCUAAGAGGAACUAAUCUUGUUUAAAAAAAAAAAAAAAAAACAACAACAACAACAAAAACAAAAAUGUCAUAAUAGCCAAAAACUUGCACGUCGCCCAAAUAUUAAUCAAAUUGUGGAUAGGUAGAUUCUUUCUUUAUCGCAAAGGAACGAAUUGUGAUUUUCUUUUUUAUACUCCUGACAAAUAAUAAAAGCAAAUAUGAAGAUGAUAUUGAUAUGAAGCUAAUUGAUAAUAAUUAACGAUCGGUUAAUAUUUUAAAAAAUUGUGGAACAAUGCUUCAUAAAACA